AUGGAAGCCCUUGCUCAAGAUUCCUUCGGCCGUUUUUGUAAUGCUCUGCUGGUCUGCGACUCUGUCUGCGCUGACCGACCCGAGACACUGCCCUCGUCUCGGCGCCUGCUCUGCACUUUGCUUUUGGCGUAUGAGGACUCGCGCGCACAGGCGGCGCCCCUGGCCGUGCGGGAGAACGAAGGACAGACAGGACUAGUCAGGCACCCGGGCUGUUUACAGCUGGCAGCGUGGCAGGCGUCGACGUUGCAACAGUCGAGACGACAUCGAAGCCUCACGGCAGCCCUGCAUGCUGCCCUGGCUGCAGACUCCCUGCCUGCUGCCCGUCGCGCAGCUGCAGCGCCGUUAGCGGCCUCCAGGGCUGCGACGGUGGCGCCUAGAGUCCGCAUUGGUGAUGAGAAUAAGGUGUCGCCCGGUGAGCAAUGCGUCGUCCAGACACUUCGGGCAGCCCGCUAG